AUGAAAGGCAAGAGAGCGGCGCCUUCUACAAAGACGCCAGACGCCAAAGCUACUCCGGCUUUAGUCCGUGAGUACGAUGACGAUUUCAUCGUGAACGCAGUGCCCAUCGAAAAGAAGAACAAGAUGGAUGUCAAGUUCAAUGACAAGGUGGAAACCAUCAUGUAUGUGAAGCCUGAUUUUGUGGAGUGUUCCAACAGGAAGCCAAAGAGAAACAUGUCCAGAGCUCAGAAGAAGUCAUUGACGUGCAGAACUACCAGAGACAUCAUGGAUGACCAACAAUGGGUAUUACAAUCCAAGUUGGGAAUGACGAGAGCACGUGCAAUUGGCAUAUUGAUGGACGACUAUGAUGAGUUUUCCGAUGUUGAUGAAGUACACAUCAUCCUGGGACCCAAGAAUGAUAUUAAGCUCAAGAUCAACAAUAUUGAUUUCUUGGAGAACAACUCACGAGCAGAGAUAUGCUAUGUGGAAGUGAUUCCUCAUGUUCCAGGACAAUAUGGUCGUCGUGACAACGUCAUGUGCAUCACUAUGCCAAUCGAGCUCAAGGACCGACGUUUCAUCAUGGACUCUGGCAGUGGUCACGAUCUUAUCUCAUCUACGAGAGUGGAUAGGAUGGACAUUGACACCUACCAGAGUGAUCGAGUUAAUUUCCACACUGCAAAUGGCAUCACAUCAACAACCACGAUGGUGGAUCUGGACUUCGACACGUUCAAUGAUCCUGCAAGGGCUCAUGUGUUGGAAGAUACCCCAUCAGUUUUGUCAUUGGGAAAACGAUGCAUGGAGCAAGGCUAUACGUUUGUAUGGCCUAGCGGUAGAGAACCCUACAUGAUCAACUCCGAGGGUGGCAAGAUCAAGAUGGAAGUUCAUGAUCUCAUCCCAUAUGUCUACCUUGGAGCCAAGGACUACAGGCCAUCGUCAGACUACCAGGCCGAGUUAGUGAUGAAAGUGUUGGGUCUCAACGGCAACAACCAUGCAUCAAGGACAAUCUAUCUUGAUGGUGAAAGCGGUGAUGAAAUGUCCGAAUCAGAUGAUGGAGUUGGUACGUACGUCGACGAUCCAACAAAGUCUCUGAGGAAGACGAAGAAGAAGAAGCGUUCCAAACGAAAGACGACUCCGGUAGAAGAAGAGUUUCAUCGCAUGAUGGAGGAAAUGGACAUCAAACUCGACAAAGAGAAAGCUGACGAUGUAGAAGUCGUUGAUGGUCCUCCUCUACCUCCUCCUGAUGGUGAGAUCAAGUUGAAGAAGGAGAAAGAAAAGAAGGCCAAAGCCGAAAUCUCCGAGAAGAAGAAAUAUGAUUCAAGUCGCAACCCAUGGGAACGUUCGUCGACGUCCCAUGGAGCGAGUGAUCUCGAUGACAUCAAGAAGCGU